AUGGACUCAUCGCACAAACCGCAGCAACAAUCAUCGCAAUCCCCGCCAGAGCCGACUGCGCUGCAGCCUCUGUACAAUCAUCUCCCGCCUUCGACAUCGUUGCCGCUUCGUACCGCCAGCAGCACGCCGGUCUCGUCUCCCGGUCUCUUCAGCCCGACCGCCUCUCGUCAUAAUCUCACUGCUCUUCCUUACACCUCCGUUUCCGAAUGCAAUACGCCCGCGCCAAUCGGCAGCAGCCCGUUUCUUCAUCCGCUGCAGACUCAUCGGGUUAGGGAAACCCACAAGGCCCUAAUCGACUCCGACAACAUUACUGGCCGCAAGAUAAUCAACCAGUAUGAGGUCAUUGAGGAGAUUGGCCGUGGAAUGCAUGGCAAGGUCAAGCUUGCUCGAAGUCUCGAAACUUCCGAUAAUGUUGCCAUCAAAAUCAUUCCUCGAUUCUCAAAGAAACGACGGCUUGGCAAAGUGAUGGCUCUGUCACCACAGGACAAGACCAAGAAGGAAAUUGCCAUUCUCAAGAAAAUCCGUCAUCCCAACGUUGUCGCAUUGCUGGAAGUCAUUGACGACCCGGAACUUAAGAAAAUUUACAUGGUACUCGAGCACGUUGAACUAGGUGAGAUUGUGUGGCGAAAGAAGGGCUUACCGCACAUCUGCCAGUGUGAGCGACGCAGAGUCGAACGAGAAAUGGGCUGUUCUGCGCCCUCCGCCGAGGAGGAGCAAUACAACCAGCUGCUCGAGCGCCGACAAGCCAUCAAGGAAUUGAAGCGGGCCAAGAUGGCCCAGACUUUCGCCGGUCCGUCCGAUUACUGGAGCGUCGAGCAUGGAGCAGCCGACGAGGGAAGCAGUGCGAGCCAUUGGUCUCGCAUCUCGUCACAUGAAAAUUUUGCCCUCACCGACGGGCCGUCGUCGCGCUCAGGCUCGCGACGCUCCUCCGUGGCCCCCUCAAGAUCCAUGUCAAUUGCCUCGACCGGUUUAAUGGCUUCUGAACUCGCCGAGGACGUUUCGUGGGUGGAUGACAUGGAGACACCUGGCCCCCUUCACUCAGCUCCGGGUUCUACCACGGCUCUCGACAGCAUCAUGGGUGCAACGUACACCGAGGAUGGUCCUCGAAGGGAAUUCCGGGAGCGAUCGCCCAGUAUGGCUGAUUCUAUCAUUUCCCACAUGUCUUCAGUUGACUACAACCCCUACGCGCACGAUCCCUUUGCCGAAGACUAUUCCUUUGUCCCCUGCUUCACAUUUGAGAAGGCUCGAUCUACAUUCCGGGAUACAGUCUUGGGCUUAGAGUACCUCCACUAUCAAGGCGUCGUCCAUCGAGACAUUAAACCAGCCAAUCUCCUUUGGACCAGGGACCACCGCGUCAAGAUUUCCGACUUUGGAGUUUCCUAUUUUGGGCGACCCAUCCGCGACGGUGAAGCCGACGAUACUGUAUCCGAGUCUGAAGCUAAGGACUUUGACGACGACCUGGAGCUAGCCAAGACAGUGGGCACUCCCGCCUUCUUCGCUCCCGAGCUCUGCUAUACGGAUAUUGACAGCAAGCAUCAGCCAAAAGUCUCGGAGCAAAUCGAUGUGUGGUCGCUUGGUGUGACGUUGUACUGUCUCAUCUUCGCUCGUAUUCCGUUCCUGGCCGAGGAUGAAUUCCAAAUGUUCCGGAAGAUUGCAAAUGAGGACGUACACAUCCCUCGUCGCCGCUUAAAGCCUGUUGAUCCUUCGACCUCCCCAGUGGAGCACUCCCUUUUCAAGAGACAGAACGCACAUCCGUACCGAGACGACAAUGACUUGGAGUAUGAGGACGUGGACAACUUAUUGCACGACCUGCUUCGUCAGAUGCUGACCAAGAAUCCCGAGAAGCGAAUUCGUCUGCGGGAUAUCAAGCGACAUCCCUGGGUCGUCCAUGGCCUCAGCAACGUCGCGGGCUGGCUCGAUGAAACUGAUCCCGCACGUCCUUCACAGGGCAGGAAGAUCCAAGUCGAUGAGAAAGAAAUGUCAUACGCUGUCGUUCCUCUCACCUUUUUGGAACGAGCUCGAUCAGUCGUGAAGAAGGCAGUCGGCAGGGUGAUGCAUCCACUUGUGGAACGGGCCGACAGCAAACCUCGGAGACGAGCCGCGAGCAGCGUGGCAAGCUCGACCGGCGACAGCAUAUAUAAACACGGGGGCGCUGGCCUGCAUCCCAGCUUCGAGCGCCGAUCAAGCCUUCGUGUCGAGGACUACUUUCCUGGCGCCACCAAAGACGGGCUUGCAGGGUCGGACCAGCCGGCCACCACGUCUCCCUCGACCGCCACAGUCCAGGCCGACACCGCGUACGACCCCCUCGCCACGGUCUUGCAGCCUGUAGAAGGUGCCAAGGAUCACCGUCACCAUCAGCUGUGGAGCGCACCCGAAAACAACGAUGACGGCAACGGGGGUUGUGAUUUCUCCGCAUCCAGCGCGUGCGCUCGACGAUUUCAACGCCAUGUUGGUCAUCGCAAAAUGGCGCCGCAGUUCUUGCAGCUUGCUCCAGCCCUUCCGGCGACGCAGUCUACCCCAGCCACUCCCCAUGCAGACGUCCUCGAAGAGCUUCCUCAGGAUGGCAGCCGGAGGUCCCGUGCUGUAGAAUCCCAAAGCGAAGACAACUCCCGAUCUGCGUCGGUCGAGAGGGGCCUCUUUAGGAAUGCGGAUAAGCAUGCCAACGGGUCCUGCUCUGUUUCGACCGCCACGGCAUCCGGAACCAUGCACCGCCACUCCGGCCCCAUUGCAUCUCUGGACCUAGGAAGAGGCAGUAGGGGAGGAUACAGCACCCCUUCGCCCUUGUCUUCGUCACCACGGGCGAACGCUGCCGCGUAUCGGCAUGGGCAGCCUCGCUCGGAUUCCAAUCUCAAGAACCGAUGCGGAUUUGGCUUGAAUGCUCCGCAGAUCGCUGUAGCGCAAGCCCACCGAGCCAGGGCCCUGACUUCCCUGGCUGAGAAGAACGGCUGCACAUCUACGAGCCCCGAAACUGAAACCACGCAAGCGGUUGUCGAGCCUCUUCUCGACUCUCAAAUCCUAUCUCCUCCGAAGCUCGAACCUGCCAAUGUCCCAUGCCCGCCUUCUCCAGAACAGGCAGCCUUUUCGAGAGGGGACGCCCUGAACACGACGAAGUCAUCCAGCCUGGAGUCAAUGGACGGAAUGGGAACGCCUCUUACAAGCCCAAGUGAGACGACUAGCCCCCUGCUGAUGGAACGUCCGAAGACCGUCUCUGGACAGCUCCUGGUGUUCCAGUCAGACCCGUCACUGCCCGCUCUGCUCAGUGGUGCCAGUUCCGUCUCUGCCGACAUGGAAGCGGAACUUUUGGCUAGGUCUGGCGUUGGUGGCCCGACAUCUCGAUAUGAAGGAUCCUCGGAAGCAAUCACGCCGCCUGCACUUGUCAAGGAGCCAACCAAUGGGUUUCCCAUGACCCCGAUGUUUGAACAUACCCAAAGCCUGGCUGGUGACUCGUCGCUACACCUUCAGCUUGGCCAUGACAGAUCGGACACUCCUGAGGACUUGGACUCACCGACACCUCGUGUUGACGAGGACGACGAUAGCGACGAUGGAAUUUUCCUCAUGGCAAAGUCCAAGAAAAAGGCGUCACCAACCAGCGCGUCGCACCCCCCUCGACCGUUCGAGGCGAAGAGACGUGACACUGGUGCAAGCACGGCUAGCGACGAAACGGCCAAAAAGGUGUCCGUCUAUUGCGAAGAUUACCCGCGUCACCGGGACUCAUAA